AUGAAUGCUGAGGCAAUUGGAUCGGAUUGCAUGCGUUGCCUCGAUGUGAAUGAUCCUCUGGAGUGCUUGGCGACGAUCGAAUAUCAUAAAAAACCUGUUACACGCUUGGAUUGCUCACCAGAUCAUUUAGCUUCUUGUUCUGAAUCGGGCGAAGUUGUUUUACAUAAACACGCCUCCUCUCCGAACCAAUCAGCCGGCUUUCACUCAAUUCUCGCUCGAUCCUCGCUUGCUUCACGAUGCGUCAGGUUUUCACGAGAUUACAAGAAAGUGGCAGUUUGCUCGGAUGAAUUGAUAAUUAAAAUCAUUGAUGUUGCUCAACCUUUGAAAUGCCAAUUACUCACGGGCCAUACCAGGUCUACAAAAUCAUUAGCUUGGUCACCUACUUCGGAUUUACUCAUUAGCUCUAGUUGUGAUGGAACGCUUCGGAUUUGGAAAACAUCAACGAUUGAAAAUGAUGAUGAACCUGAAUGUAUUCAAACUAUCGCCAAUAUCAUACCCUCCAUUACGCCUGAAGAAUUGACGACUAUCGAAGCAGUUUGGCAUCCUUCUGGCGAUUACUUUAUUGUUCCAACACGAGAUGAAGGUCUCGCCGUUUUUGAAGCAAAUCCACAGGGACAGUCAUGGGAACAGCGUCGUGUUGUGAAACGUCAUCCUACCUCGAGUAAUAAGCUACCUAGCACACUUCAAGACCACAAGGCCUCUCUUACGAGCAUGGCCUUUUCGCCUAAUGGAAUUUACUUGGCAACUGGCUUCAUGGACGGUCUACUGAUCAUUUGGGACGUUCGACAAUGGCAAUAUGUUUGUCACGUAAAAGAAGAUCAAGUGGAAUCCGUCACUUCGAUUUGUUGGAAGCCCAACGGAAACGCGCUCGUUUUUGGCGAGCAUCAAGGUCAAAUUGUCACAUGGAAUGAAGUUAUUUUUUCACAUCGCGAUCAUCCCUCUAAUCCCUUGAAGCACGCCAAUUCCUCAACAAACCGGUCUUUCCCUCCCGGAAGAGAUCACGGCUUAUCAUCUAAUCUAAUGGAGCCUGAAGAAUUUGAUAUUCACAGCGAUGAACUUGAUGACGAUGCAUGGGCUAUCGACGAGGCUCCUCGAGCCGGUGUUCAAUCCACUUCCGAUCAUAUAAGUCGGGUUUCCAGAUAUUCAAAGUCUAGUGCAUCACAUCGGAAGCCCAUGGGAGAUGCUAGUCGACAAGCUCCCUUUCAGUGUGGCGCAACCAGGAUUCGACUUCAAUCAGGUUCGAGUGGCAGUCAAAGACGGUAUAUGGCGUUCAACUCCAUUGGUCUAGUUCAUGCGCUUGAGAAAGACAUGGAAAACUCAGUCACUGUCGAUUUCCAUGAUCAGGGGAAGAGACCCCGCUAUCAUUUUACCGACCGAUCACUUUUCAGUCUAUGUUCUAUGAGCGAACUCGGAGUUGCAUUCGCUUCUCGUUCUAAUAAGUCUGGAACAGGGGAAUCACUGAUUCGUUACGAUCCAUAUGAAAGUUGGGCUACUGAAGGUAUGAGCUUUGCUCAACUUGGAGAAAUCACGGCUAGUAACGGUGGAAGUUGGCAGUAUAGCUUACCUCAAGGUGAAAGUGUGACUUGCCUAGCUUGUGGUGGAGCUACACAGGAACAUGAAGAUUUUGGAUCAGAUGGAAUCACUGGAUCUGGUUCAGUCAUCGUGGGUACUGAUAAAGGUUAUGUACGAUUCUUCAAGGGGAGCGGUAUUCAAUCAUACCUCUGGAACCUCGGUCAACAAAUCAUCAGUCUAGCCUGUAGUAACGAGUGGGUUUUCGUCGUUCAUCGUAGCCUACUGGAUUCUUCCAGCUCACUUCAUUACACUAUGAUGGACACGGAUACUUUUGAGAUCAUACAAGAAGGCUUGAUGCCUUUGUCUAAUGAACAGACGAUAUUGACGUGGAUCGGAUUCACCGCACAACACUCUAUACCAGCCUGCUUCACCUCUGCGGGGGUAUUAUCGUUCUUAGACAAGGCCCGGCGACCAAAGCAAGGCAGAUGGGUUCCGGUACUUGAUACUAACGAUUUACCAAAGUCGGAUGGACAUCUGCAGCGGGUGUAUUGGCCCAUUGGGGUAUCCGAGAGCCAAAUUUCUUGCAUAAUAUUAAAGGGUGGAGAAACUCAACCCGGAUUCCCUACCCCAAUAGUUCAGGAGAUUGACUUACAGAUGCCACUUGUGCGGAUGGAUGAGUCUCAGGGUCAAUUGGAAGAAAGCCACCUUCGAGGAUCUCUCUUGUACAAUCAUCACUCAGACCUUACGAGCACAGACGAUUAUUCCACUAAAGUGAAUCUCGACUUUCAAAAGGUCGAACUGGACAAACAAUUACUAAAGCUCAUGCAAUCUAGUUGUAAUCAUACUCCAGCACCGCAAUUACAAAGGGCUUUAGAUUAUGCGAAUUUGUUGAUGAAUAUGAAUUCAUUGGAAGCAGCUAGUAAGAUGUCUAAAUACUUUAAUUUGAUCGGACUUGAAGAUCGAAUUACAAAGGUGAAAGAGUCUAAAGAGCUACAAGCUAGUACGGAUCCGAACAAACGGAUCUCAAAAUACGCGCACCUCGAAGAUUAUAACAUCAUCACUGGAUCGAAGCCAUCUGUCAAUGGUCGUAAUACAGGUCGAAAUAGAGAAUUAUUUGAUAAACCAUUCGAGAGCACGGUUGCAAAAGGACGUUCUAAUGGUGGAGGUAGUCUGUUCAGCAAAGGCAAGGUUUUCAAAGAUCCAAUGCCUGAAAAAAUUCAAAAUCAAGAUGAAGAGAUGGAAUAUCAAGAUGAAGUAGACAACGGUGACGCACAUGAUGAGUGGGCACAUGAGCAAACAGCAGACGAUUUAACUAAUGUGGAAUUUGAAGCUUUUGAUGAAAGUCGUGCUCAACAACCUCCUCGGCUUUCUGAGUACCACUUGACUAAUCAAGCCCCUGCUCCUAGAAGUGUUUCUACGAACCCUUUUGCGAAGAAGGCACGGCAUACCUCUGCUUUGAAUCCGAAUUCCCCGCCUACGACUAACCCAUUCAGCUCUAAAACAACAACUUCAAAACAGUCUACUCUCAAAAAACCAGGCGCAUUCUUCAAUCACGUUGAUGAACGAGGUGCUAUUGCCGGAAGCGCUGCCAAAGGCAAAACACGGCAAUCUACAUUAUUCGGAUUGCCAUCUAAGACUACUGAAACCGUUCCAGAAGGACAAAAGAAAGCUAAGAAACGAAAAAAUGAAAGUGAUCAAGAUAAUUCAAAGGAAGUUGAAAGUCUACCAGCUAAAACUAGUCGACCACUUUCAAGUUUCCUAUCUAAAAAAAGUAUCAAAUCCGUACCUGAAACUUCUAAUACUUCUGAGAUACCUCAGAUAGAUGUGGCGAUGCCUGACGCUUCAGUGAUCGAGAAGGACCAAGGUAGUGUAGCUCAAGAACUAGCCCCUGAAACUCAAAUCAAUGAAUCACCGGUAGUAGAAGAGGAAUCACAAGCAUCAUUAAUGUCAAUUGAAUAUUCACAAUCCUUGCCACCUCGGAUUAGAUCCACUCAUCCAGAACCAGAUAAAGAAGAUGAUAAUGAAACCGAACAGAAAGAUUGAUAGGCUUUUUAUGAGGUUAUGAUGUAGAGCAGAGUAACAUUUGUGCUGUUUUUUCGAUGAUGAUGAAGUUGGAUUUUUCUUACUCUUUUAUUGGAUGAAUUUGGCUUUAUGAUUACCAAGAUUGAAAAGAUUUGUGUACAAUGUAUAGUAAUAGAAUCUGAGCAUAUGCUUCAAGUUUUUUUUUG